GACCCACCAGAUUGUCAGAAGCAGCUGAAGAAGAAACAGAAAAACCGGGUGGCCUCCCAGCGCAGCAGGCAGAAGCACACAGACAAGGCAGAUGCCCUGCACCAGGGUCUCACUAAGUUGCUGAGGUUGGCCUCACAUUUGCGAUCCUCCUGCCCCAGCCUCCUGAGCCUCCAGGAUUACAGAAUCUACCAUUGUUUCAUGCCAAGAAUAAAGUAUAUGUUGGAGGCUUCUUUUUACACUUCCCUGUAUCUUCUGCCACUAAGACUAUUGAGUUAUCGGCGGACACAACAUCUUUGUUUGUAUGUGGUGCUGAGGAUCGAACCUGGGCCGCACGCAUGCCAGGCGAGCGUGCUACCACUUGAGCCACAUCCCCAGCCCUAGAAUCUGACCUUUUUCUGCAAGGCUACCAUUUGGAAGCAAUGAGUUUAAAACCUUUUACCUACCCAUUUCCAGAGACGAGGUUUCUUCACGCAGGACCCAACGUGUACAAAUUCAAAAUCAGAUAUGGCAACAGCAUCAGAGGAGAAGAGAUAGAAAAUAAGGACGUCAUCAUCCAGGAGCUGGAGGAUUCCAUCCGUGCAGUCUUGGGAAACUUGGACAAUCUGCAGCCCUUUGUUACAGAACACUUCAUUGUGUUUCCCUAUAAAAGCAAGUGGGAGAGAGUUUCCCACCUGAAAUUCAAACAUGGAGAAAUCAUCUUGAUCCCCUACCCUUUUGUUUUCACUCUAUAUGUGGAGAUGAAAUGGUUUCAAGAAAACCUGUCACCUGGGAAACCAAUAAAUGACACUCCUCUUGGAUUGCUUCUAACUGAGAAGAGAGCAGCAGGAGCCUCCAUGAGGAAACGAGGACUUGUGGAAGAGCCAAGCUCCCCCAGCAGGACAGGGCUGCACAGGGCCAAGAUAGGGACUUCUAGUCAAGAAAGCAGCAAAAAGAAGCCCCAUAUGGAAACCAGGAAGAACAAGGAAAGAAAACCCCAGCAGGAAUGGCAGGCGAACCUAGAUUCUGAUACCGCUGAUGCCCAGGAACAGGGUUCUAAAAAGGAACAGGGUCUGCCAGGGCCAGUUGUCCCACCAUUACAGCAAAACAACCCACCUCCACCUAAAGAGCUAGGAAACAGUGGCUUCUUUGGGUUUCUAAGCACUGUCUUCCCAUUUCGAUAUUUCUUCAGAAAGAACAGCCAGUGAGCCUUCCAGACUCAGCAGCAGGGAGAAGCUCCUCUCUAACAGCAACCCCUCCAGAGCUGUUCCUCCUCCGACUGCAUCUUAGCAACACCUCAGUUGAGGGGAUGAUGGCCCCUAUCUGAGCCCUCUUGUGGGUUUUUCUUGUCCUUCAUCCCUUAUAAUUUUUUUUUCUUUAGUUAAGACAUCAAGGAAAAAAAUGGGGCUUUCUAAAAUACUAUGAUAUAAGAAGUUCAGUGCCCUGAGGUUCCAGUGUAGGUCCUUUGCCUCCAGCACUUAAGAUCCUAAUGCCAAUAAAUUAUUCAUGAAGAGCUA